AUGGGUAUCGAGGUUGAACGUAUUCUCCCUCCAGAGUGUGGUGAUGGUGAUGUUCAGUGGAGGAUAGGACAGAGAUCAGCAGCUGAAACACUGGAAGUACUGGCACUCCAGACACACACCACUAAACAGAGAGUCCUAGACAUCGGUAAGAAACAACUAACUGUAGCUAACUAACCCUAACUAACCCUAACUAACCAACGUACUGGCACUCCAGACAACACACCACUAAACAGAGAGUCCUAGACAUCGGUAAGAACAACUAACUGUAGCUAACUAACCCUAACUAACCCUAACUAACCAACGUACUGGCACUCCAGACAACACACCACUAAACAGAGAGUCCUAGACAUCGGUAAGAACAACAUCCCUUUUCCCACAUUGAUAUGAUCAACCAUGAUAUCAGUGUCCUCCAGGGAAACCACAGUGUCUUCGAGCCAAAGCCCAGGUAAUGGAAAGCCCGUUUUAGUACCACUCCUCUCUCUGUCUGGUCUCCUGUUACUGAAACACACUGCGACUCAUAACCAGUCUACAGAUCCAUGGAAAAACAGAUGGGGAAUACAGCGGGGCAGUGACAGACUCUGGCGAGGGAAGAAUCAGUUAGAGUUGAGGUCCACUGCCCCAGGUACCUAAGAUAUCAGGACUAGAGACCCCCAGGUGGUAUACCUGGGAGAAGACUAAGUUUAAGAUGACCACCACUUACGUGAAGGUUUAUCUGCUGUAAACCAAAACCCAACCUCUUUAAGGAACACCUGGGAUAGGAUAAAGUAAUCCUUCUAACCCCCCCCUUACCCCACCCCACCCAAAAAAAUCCCACCAAAAAAAAAAAAAAAAAAAAAAAAAAAAAAAAUGGUCAAGUGGUUAUCCCACUGGCUAUAAGGUGAAUGCACCAAUUUGUAAGUCGCUCUGGAUAAGAGUGUCUGCUAAAUGACGUAAAUGUAAAAUGUAAAUGUAUGAGAUGAGAGGAGAGCCCUAACAUUACUGGUAGUGAAACCUGACACAGGGCAGUGAUUAGAAUAACGGUCUGGCACGAUUCCACCUGAGGCCCGGGGCGAGGUCACUGCAUCAGGGAUUUGAAUAGGGGGGGGGACUUGUCUCAACUUGUGGGAUGGAGUAAACUGUGGGUAAAUAGGCAGUUUAGUUUAUAUUCCACAUGUCCUUGUCCAAUACACAUCAUUAUAUAUUGUAUUCCUAAAAACUGUUGGUGCUGUGCUUUGUGGAUUUGCCAACUUAAAUCCUUAUAAUCUGAUUCAGCUCAAAAGAUGUUGCAGUUUUUGAAAUAGUGAUAUUUUCUUGAAGUGAAUUUAGUGUGGCCCCAUUAUCCAUGCACUAGCAGUGUUGAAACAUUUCCUACUGUGCUGCCGCAGGGAAUAUUUUCUCACUUAGGUCUUUCAGGUAGACAUCCACUCUCCCCGUGCUCUCUGUGUGUGUGUGUGUGUGUGUGUGUGUGUGGUAUUUUGAAAUGCUCUUUAACAUGCUCUAUGUAAAUGAAACAGUAAAGUAGCGUUUGAGAGACACUGAUGUCCUGUGACCUCCUCUCUGCAUGCAGCCGACUACAAAGAAAGCUUCAACACCAUCGGGAACAUUGAGGAGAUCGCCUACAAUGCCGUCUCCUUCCCCUGGGAUGUCAACGAGGAGGCCAAGGUAAGGAGAUACAUGACUGUUGUAUAAAGGUGCUUCAACAGAAGUGGCAACUUGCUCUCAGCACCAUACAGGAGACGGUGAUAUGAAAAAGGGGGGGGGGGGGGGGGGGGGGGGGGGGGGGUAAAAACAAAAAAAAGCAAGCUUGAAUGAUAAAGAUGUUUAUUAAAACAUCAUGGUGGCCCAAAAGCCCAUAGUGCAUUAAUGAAAGGUGAAACCAAAACCCAACCGUUUCAGCCUCAGGCCGUCAUCAGUGGGAAUGUCAGCACACACACACACACCCGGCUUCUAGUUCAACGAUAAUUGCAUGUCACAUGAUCAAGCAAGAAAACGCAUCAGAAAAUCUAUGAAUCAGUACCUGGUAGAAUAGAAUGCAUGAUCUAGAUUAUAUACAAAAGUAGACGGAGAAAUCAUCAUCAAUUAUUGCUUUGACAUACAGUAAAACCAUGUGAACAUCUCCUCAGCAUAAAUAACCAGAUUUAAAUAGAGUAGAGAGCUAGAGACACCACUAGAUGGAGGUAUCGAGCAACAAAGAGUCAAUUAUAUAUUAUACCUAGAGACACCACUAGAUGGAGGUAUCGAGCACCAAUGAGUCAAUUAUAUAUUAUACCUAGAGACACCACUAGAUGGGGGUAUUGAGCACCAAUGAGUCAAUUAUAUAUUAUUCCAGUUCCAGAAGACACUUGAAUAACAAAUUCUUCAUUCAAGGCGGCUUAACUUACAUUUACGUCAUUUUAGCAGACGCUCUUAUCCAGAGUGACUUACAGUUAGUGAGUGCAUACAUUAUUUUUCAUACUGGCCCCCCCGUGGGAAACGAACCCACAACCCUGGCGUUGCAAACGCCAUGCUCUACCGGCCAUUCCCUCCCCUACCCUGGACGAAUUGUCCGCCGCCCCAUGGGUCUCCCGGUCGCGGCCAGCAACGACAGAGCCUGAUGGGUGGAGAGUUUUUUAAAUAGAACAUCCACCUGCAUUCUGUCUGAAGAAGACUAAGUUUAAGAUGACCACCACUUACGUGAAGGUUUAUCUGCUGUAAAGCACAGGAGGACAUGGAGGAGACGGGGUGACCGGCCUCUGAGAAAUGACUUGCAAUAGGGGAUGUAGGGUCAUUUCUCCUCGCAGCACUCUAGUGUUCUAUAAUACGUGUUCUUAUCUGUCUACUGGUUUAGAUCAUGUAUUGCUUAUUAAUUUUAAUUUAAUUAAGUAAUUACUUUCUUAUUUUUUUCUAUUUUCUUUAUGGGGGGGUAGGGGAGGGGGAUUACUUUAUACUAUUCCAGGUAUUCCUUAAAGAGGUAGGGUUUCAAGUGUCUCCGGGAAGGUGGUGAGUGACUCCGCUGUCCUGGCGUCGUGGGGGGAGCUUGUUCCACCAUUGGGGUGCCAGAGCAGCGAACAGUUUUGACUGGGCUGAGCAGGAACCCUGCUUCUGUAGAGGUAGAGGGGCUAGUAUUGUUUGAAAGUGGCAGAGCUGCUGGAUACGCUCACUUUGUUACAGGAAUCCCUACAACUACAGCAGGGAUAGAGACCAGACUAGACCGCUGACUACAGCAGGGAUACAGACCAGACUAGACCGCUGACUACAGCAGGGAUACAGACCAGACUAGACCGCUGACUACAGCAGGGAUACAGACCAGACUAGACCGCUGACUACAGCAGGGAUACAGACCAGACUAGACCGCUGACUACGGCAGGGAUACAGACCAGACUAGACCGCUGACUACAGCAGGGAUACAGACCAGACUAGACCGCUGACUACAGCAGGGAUAGAGACCAGACUAGACCGCUGACUACAGCAGGGAGAGAGACCAGACUAGACCGCUGACUACAGCAGGGAGAGAGACCAGACUAGACCGCUGACUACAGCAGGGAUAGAGACCAGACUAGACCGCUGACUACAGCAGGGAUACAGACCAGACUAGACCGCUGACUACAGCAGGGAGAGAGACCAGACUAGACCGCUGACUACGGCAGGGAGAGAGACCAGACUAGACCGCUGACUACAGCAGGGAGAGAGACCAGACUAGACCGCUGACUACAGCAGGGAGAGAGACCAGACUAGACCGCUGACUACAGCAGGGAUACAGACCAGACUAGACCGCUGACUACAGCAGGGAUACAGACCAGACUAGACCGCUGACUACAGCAGGGAUAGAGACCAGACUAGACCGCUGACUACAGCAGGGAGAGAGACCAGACUAGACCGCUGACUACGGCAGGGAGAGAGACCAGACUAGACCGCUGACUACAGCAGGGAGAGAGACCAGACUAGACCGCUGACUACAGCAGGGAGAGAGACCAGACUAGACCGCUGACUACAGCAGGGAUACAGACCAGACUAGACCGCUGACUACAGCAGGGAGAGAGACCAGACUAGACCGCUGACUACAGCAGGGAUACAGACCAGACUAGACCGCUGACUACAGCAGGGAGAGAGACCAGACUAGACCGCUGACUACAGCAGGGAUACAGACCAGACUAGACCGCUGACUACAGCAGGGAUAGAGACCAGACUAGACCGCUGACUACAGCAGGGAUAGAGACCAGACUAGACCGCUGACUACAGCAGGGAUAGAGACCAGACUAGACCGCUGACUACAGCAGGGAUAGAGACCAGACUAGACCGCUGACUACAGCAGGGAUAGAGACCAGACUAGACCGCUGACUACAGCAGGGAUAGAGACCAGACUAGACCGCUGACUACAGCAGGGAUACAGACCAGACUAGACCGCUGACUACAGCAAGGAGAGAGACCAGACUAGACCGCUGACUACAGCAGGGAGAGAGACCAGACUAGACCGCUGACUACAGCAGGGAGAGAGACCAGACUAGACCGCUGACUACAGCAGGGAGAGAGACCAGACUAGACCGCUGACUACGGCAGGGAUACAGACCAGACUAGACCGCUGACUACAGCAAGGAGAGAGACUAGACUAGACCGCUGACUACAGCAAGGAGAGAGACCAGACUAGACCGCUGACUACGGCAGGGAGAGAGACCAGACUAGACCGCUGACUACGGCAGGGAGAGAGACCAGACUAGACCGCUGACUACACCGCUGACUACAGCAGGGAGAGAGACCAGACUAGACCGCUGACUACAGCAGGGAUAGAGACCAGACUAGACCGCUGACUAUAGCAGGGAUAGAGACCAGACUAGACCGCUGACUACAGCAGGGAGAGAGACCAGACUAGACCGCUGACUACAGCAGGGAUAGAGACCAGACUAGACCGCUGACUACAGCAGGGAUAGAGACCAGACUAGACCGCUGACUACAGCAGGGAUAGAGACCAGACUAGACCGCUGACUACAGCAGGGAUAGAGACCAGACUAGACCGCUGACUACAGCAGGGAUACAGACCAGACUAGACCGCUGACUACAGCAGGGAGAGAGACCAGACUAGACCGCUGACUACAGCAGGGAUAGAGACCAGACUAGACCGCUGACUACAGCAGGGAGAGAGACCAGACUAGACCGCUGACUACAGCAGGGAGAGAGACCAGACUAGACCGCUGACUACAGCAGGGAUACAGACCAGACUAGACCGCUGACUACAGCAGGGAUACAGACCAGACUAGACCGCUGACUACAGCAGGGAUAGAGACCAGACUAGACCGCUGACUACAGCAGGGAGAGAGACCAGACUAGACCGCUGACUACAGCAGGGAUACAGACCAGACUAGACCGCUGACUACAGCAGGGAUAGAGACCAGACUAGACCGCUGACUACAGCAGGGAGAGAGACCAGACUAGACCGCUGACUACAGCAGGGAGAGAGACCAGACUAGACCGCUGACUACAGCAGGGAUAGAGACCAGACUAGACCGCUGACUACAGCAAGGAGAGAGACCAGACUAGACCGCUGACUACAGCAGGGAUAGAGACCAGACUAGACCGCUGACUACAGCAGGGAUACAGACCAGACUAGACCGCUGACUACAGCAGGGAUACAGACCAGACUAGACCGCUGACUACAGCAGGGAGAGAGACCAGACUAGACCGCUGACUACGGCAGGGAGAGAGACCAGACUAGACCGCUGACUACGGCAGGGAGAGAGACCAGACUAGACCGCUGAACAAAAAUAUAAACGCAACAUGCAACCAUUUCAAAGAUUUUACUGAGGAAAUCAGUCAAUUGAAAUAAAUUCAUUAGGCCCUAAUCUAUGGAUUUCACAUGACUGGGAAUACAGAUAUGCAUCUGUUGGUCAGAGAUACUUUAAAAGAAAGAUAGAUUAUGCCUGCCAAUACCAUAACCAACGCCACCACGGGGCACUCUGUUCACAACGCUGACAUCAGCAAACCGCUCGCCCACACGACGCCAUGCACGUGGUCUGCGGUUUUGGAGGUGGCUUAUGAUAGAGAAAUGAACAUUCAAUUCUCUGGCAACAGCUCUGGUGGACAUUUCUGCAGUCAGCAUACCAAUUGCACGCUCCCUCAACUUGAGACAUCUGUGGCAUUGUGUUGUGUGACAAAACUGCACAUUUUAGAGUGGCCUUUUAUUGUCCCCAGCACAAGGUGCACCUGUGUAAUGAUCAUGCUGUUUAAUCAGCUUCUUGAUAUGCCACACCUGUCAGGUGGAUGGAUUAUCUUGGCAAAGGAGACAUGCUGUCACGUUCGCUUAAGGAGGAGGACCAAUGCGCAGCGUUGAAUGCGUACAUAUUAUUUAUUAAACAGAUCACCCGAUCAAAACAACGAACGAAACGUGAAGUCCUUCGAUACACACAAACCAAAAGGAACAAGAAACCACAACACAAAGUGAAAAGACCGAUAGUUAAAUAUGGCUCCCAAUCAGAGACAACCAGCUGACACUCGUUGCCUCUGAUUGGGAGUCACUCAGGCCAACAUAGAUAUACAAAACAUAGACUUACAUACCCUGGCUCAACAUAACAUAGUCCCCAGAGCCAGGGCGUGACACAUGCUCACUAACAGUGAUGUAAACACAUUAGUGCACAAAAUUUGAGAGAAACAUGGGACCAACACUUUACAUGUUGCGUUUAUAUUUUUGUUCAGUGUAUAACAGUCUGAUAGCGGUACCGCUAUACGGCGUGCGACAGAAACUGAGCAUUCACUCCCGUUUUAGUAGCAUCUGCUGUUAGAAAGGUUGACUUCUCUAUUACAGUAAAAUAAAGUCUCAAUGCGUUUCGGUGUCAAUAUGAGCGAUUCUGUUGGACCAAACCUCAAAUGCAAAUAGCGAGUUGAAACCGCUUAUUGUGAGUGGCAGGGACUUGGUGUGUGUGAGUGAACUAACAAAAUGUCCCCAGUUUAUCCAUUUUUUUUGAGUUUACUACAAGAAUAGUAAACGAACAAAAAUUUGACCAACUGAGGACAUUUUGUUAGUGCCCACGAGGUCAGAUGCUAUUUCUAGGGGGUUUAGGGUUAAGGUUAGAAUUAGUGUAAGGAGCUAGGUUUAGGGUUAGGAACUAGGGUUUGUUUUAGGGUUAGGGUUAGGAGCUAGGGUUAAGGUUAGGGUUAGGGGUUAGGGUUAGGGUUAGGGGUUAGGGUUAGGGGUUAGGGAAAAUAGGAUUUUGAAUGGGACUGAAUUGUGUGUCCCCACAAGGUUAGCUGUACAAGACAAGCUGUACAAGACUGUGUGUGUGUGUGUGUGUGUGUGUGUGUGUGUGUGUGUGUGUGUGUGUGUGUGUGUGUGUGUGUGUGUGUGUGUGUGUGUGUGUGUGUGUGUGUGUGUGUGUGUGUGUGUAUAAAUGGGAAGAAGGUGCAGAGUCACAGCAGAAGGAGAUGAGACCAUAAAUCCUCUAUUCUGACGAUACAGGCAUUUGGAAUAUCGUGCUAAAACAUUAAAUUGAAUUAAUCAAAUUAAUUAUAAUAAUCGGCCAGCCCUACUCUCCACCCCUCCACCUCUCUGACCCCUGACAUCUUGUAAUUAUCACCUCUACUGGCACAGAGACAGAUCCUGAAGUCACCCCACUGAACUACCAGAGAUCCCAGCUGAGAUGGGCUGGCGCAGGAAAACACAGACUACGUCCCCAAUGGCACCCUAUUCCCUUCCUAGUGCACUACUUUAGACCAGGGCCCACAGGGCUGAUAGGGCUCUGGUCAAACGUAGUGCACUGUACAGGGUGCAGGGUGCCAUUGGGACGCAUCCAAAGUUAGGGGUUCCAUUAAACCAGCCUGUUCUGAUUGGGGUGCCCUCAUAGGGAAACAAUAUUAACGAUGUGGUGCCACAGCCAAGUGGAGAGGCUCCAGUCAUUACCUGGUCCUGUCGUGACAGGCUCCAGUCAUUACCUGGUCCUGUCGUGAGAGGCUCUAGUCAUUACCUGGUCCUGUCGUGACAGGCUCUAGUCAUUACCUGGUCCUGUCGUGAGAGGCUCUAGUCAUUACCUGGUCCUGUCGUGAGAGGCUCUAGUCAUUACCUGGUCCUGUCGUGACAGGCUCCAGUCAUUACCUGGUCCUGUCGUGACAGGCUCCAGUCAUUACCUGGUCCUGUCGUGACAGGCUCCAGUCAUUACCUGGUCCUGUUGUGACAGGCUCUGGUCAUUAACUGGUCCUGUCGUGAGAGGCUCUGGUCAUUACCUGGUCCUGUCGUGACAGGCUCUAGUCAUUACCUGGUCCUGUCGUGACAGGCUCUAGUCAUUACCUGGUCCUGUCGUGACAGGCUCUAGUCAUUACCUGGUCCUGUUGUGACAGGCUCUGGUCAUUAACUGGUCCUGUCGUGAGAGGUCCCUGUCGUGACAGGCUCUAGUCAUUACCUGGUCCUGUCGUGACAGGCUCUAGUCAUUACCUGGUCCUGUCGUGACAGGCUCUAGUAAUUUCCUGGUUCUGUCAUGACAGGCUCUAGUCAUUACCUGGUCCUGUCGUGAUAGGCUCUAGUCAUUACCUGGUCCUGUCGUGACAGGCUCUGGUCAUUACCUGGUACUGGUGUUUAGUCCUGUGGACCAAAAAUAAUAACUAAAUGGUGUCCUACUCAGACAAAGAUUGUCAGGCAAACAAAACAAUCACAAUCAUGAAGACAAGGGUGGAUGAUGAUGAUGCUGAUGAUGCAUUUAGGUUUUCAUUUUGACAGAUUAGUUGCAUGGCAACAGUCAUCAUCAUUAGAACUCAGUGAGAGAUGUGUUGGAUGGGAUACAAAAUCAUUUCAAUUCAUUGGAUGAAUACUGAACAUUGUUUGAUAUUGUUUGUGUUGAGCUGAAUGACUGACCAGAAAAGGCUCUUGGGGGUUAUAGACCUCUGUGAGACACUCCUCUGGAGACUUGAUGCUGAGCGGGUUAUAGACCUCUUAGCUCUGUGAGACACACUCCUCUGGAGACUUGAUGCUGAGGGGGUUAUAUACCUCUUAGCUCUGUGAGACACACUCCUCUGGAGACUUGAUGCUGAGGGGGUUAUAGACCUCUUAACUCUGUGAGACACACUCCUCUGGAUACUUGAUGCUGAGGGGGUUAUAUACCUCUUAGCUCUGUGAGACACACUCCUCUGGAGACUUGAUGCUGAGGGGGUUAUAGACCUCUUAGCUCUGUGAGACACACUCCUCUGGAGACUUGAUGCUGAGGGGGUUAUAGACCUCUUAGCUCUGUGAGACACUCCUCUGGAGACUUGAUGUUGAGGGGGUUAUAGACCUCUUAUCUCUGUGAGACACACUCCUCUGGAGACUUGAUGCUGAGGGGGUUAUAGACCUCUUAGCUCUGUGAGACACUCCUCUGGAGACUUGAUGCUGAGGGGGUUAUAGACCUCUUAUCUCUGUGAGACACACUCCUCUGGAGACUUGAUGCUGAGGGGGUUAUAGACCUCUUAGCUCUGUGAGACACACUCCUCUGGAGACUUGAUGCUGAGGGGGUUAUAGACCUCUUAGCUCUGUGAGACACACUCCUCUGGAGACUUGAUGCUGAGGGGGUUAUAGACCUCUUAGCUCUGUGAGACACACUCCUCUGGAGACUUGAUGCUGAGGGGGUUAUAUACCUCUUAGCUCUGUGAGACACACUCCUCUGGAGACUUGAUGCUGAGCGGGUUAUAGACCUCUUAGCUCUGUGAGACACACUCCUCUGGAGACUUGAUGCUGAGGGGGUUAUAGACCUCUUAGCUUGUGAGACACACUCCUCUGGAGACUUGAUGCUGAGCGGGUUAUAGACCUCUUAGCUCUGUGAGACACACUCCUCUGGAGACUUGAUGCUGAGGGGGUUAUAGACCUCUUAGCUCUGUGAGACACACUCCUCUGGAGACUUGAUGCUGAGCGGGUUAUAGACCUCUUAGCUCUGUGAGACACACUCCUCUGGAGACUUGAUGCUGAGGGGGUUAUAGACCUCUUAGCUCUGUGAGACACAGAGGUAAUUGAGGUAAUAUGUACAUGUAGGUAGAGUUAAAGUGACUAUGCAUAGAUAAUAAACAGAGUAGCAGCAGCGUAAAAGAGGGGGAUUGGGUGGGGUGGGGGGGGCAGUGCAAAUAGUCCGGGUAGCCAUGAUUAGCUGUUCAGGAGUCUUAUGGCUUGGGGGUAGAAGCUGUUAAGAAGCCUUUUGGACCUAGACAUGACUCUCCGGUACCGAUUGCCGCGCGGUAGCAGAGAGAACAGUCUAUGACUAGGGUGGCUGGAGUAUUUGACAAUUUUUAGGGCCUUCCUCUGACACCGCCUGGUAUAGAGGUCCUGGAUGGCAGGAAGCUUGGCCCCAGUGAUGUACUGGGCCGUACGCACUACCCUCUGUAGUGCCUUGCGGUCGGAGGCCGAGCAGUUGCCAUACCAGGCGGUGAUGCAACCAGUCAGGAUGCUCUCGAUGGUGCAGAUGUAGAACUUUUUGAGGAUCUGAGGACCCAUACCAAAUAUUUUCAGUCUCCUGAGGGGGAAUAGGCUUUGUCGUGCCCUCUUCACGACUGUCUUGGUGUGUUUGGACCAUGAUAGUUUGUUGGUGAUGUGGACACCAAGGAACUUGAAGCUUUCAACCUGUUCCACUACAAUCCCGUCGAUGAGAAUGGGGGCGUGCUCAGUCCACUUUUUUUUUUCUCCUGUAGUCCACAAUCAUCUCCUUUGUCUUGAUCACGUUGAGGGAGAGGUGGUUAUCCUGUCACCACACGGCCAGGUAUCUGACCUCCUCCCUAUAGGCUGUCUCAUCGUUGUCGGUGAUCAGGCCUACCACUGUUGUGUCAUCGGCAAACUUAAUGAUGGUGUUGGAGUCGUGCCUGGCCAUGCAGUCAUGGGUGAACAGGGAGUACAGGAGGGGACUGAGCACGGACCCCUGAGGGGCCCCCUUGUUGAGGAUUUGCGUGGCAGAUGUGUUGUUACCUACCCUUACCACCUGGGGGCGGCCCGUCAGGAAGUCCAGGAUCCAGUUGCAGAGGGAGGUGUUUAGUCCCAGGGUCCUUAGCUUAGUGAUGAGCUUUGAGGGCACUAUGGUGUUGAACGCUGAGCUGUAGUCAAUCAAUAGCAUUCUCACGUAGGUGUUCCUCUUGUCCAGGUGGGAAAGGGCAGUGUGGAGUGCAAUAGAGAUUGCAUCAUCUGUGGAUCUGUUGGGGCGGUAUGCAAAUUGGAGUGGGUCUAGGGUUUCUGGGAUAAUGGUGUUGAUGUGAGCCAUGACCAGCCUUUCAAAGCACUUCAUGGCUACAGACGUCAGUGCUACGGGUCGGUAGUCAUUUAGGCAGGUUAUCUUAGUGUUCUUGGGCACAGGGACUAUGGUGGUCCGCUUGAAACAUGUUGGUAUUACAGACUCAGUCAGGGACAUGUUCAAAAUGUCAGUGAAGACACUUGCCAGUUGUUCAGCGCAUGCUCGGAGUACAUGUCCUGGUAAUCCGUCUGGCCCUGCGGCCUUGUGAAUGUUGACCUGCUUAAAAGUCUUACUCACAUCGGCUACGGAGAGCGUGAUCACAUAGUCAUCCGGAACAGCUGAUGCUCUCAUGCAUGCUUCAGUGUUGAUUGCCUCGAAGCGAGCAUAGAAGUGGUUUAGCUCGUCUGGAAGUCUUGUGUCACUGGGCAGCUCGCGGCUGUGCUUCCCUUUGUAGUCUGUAAUAGUUUUCAAGCCCUGCCACAUCCGACGAGCGUCAGAGCCGGUGUAGUACGAUUCAAUCUUAGUCCUGUAUUGACUCUUUGCCUGUUUGAUGGUUCGUCGGAAGGCAUAGCGGGAUUUCUUAUAAGCGUCCGGGUUAGAGUCCCGCUCCUUGAAAGCGGCAGCUCUACCCUUUAGGUCAGUGCGGAUGUUGCCUGUAAUCCAUGGCUUCUGGUUGGGGUAUGUACGUAUGGUCACUGUGGGGACGACGUCAUCGAUGCACUUAUUGAUGAAGCCAGUGACUGAUGUGGUGUCCUCCUCAAUGCUAUCUGAAGAAUCCCGUAACAUGUUCCAGUCUGUGCUAGCAAAACAGUCCUGUAGCUUAGCAUCUGCGUCAUCUGACCACUUUUUUAUUAACCGAGUCACUGGUGCUUCCUGCUUUAGUUUUUGCUUAUAAGCAGGAAUCAGGAGGAUAUAAUUAUGGUCAGAUUUGCCAAAUGGAGGGCGAGGGAGAGCUUUGUAUGCGUCUCUGUGUGUGGCUUCAUCAAAUGAUUGCACAUUUAACAUGCUGGUAGAAAUGAGGUAGAACGGAUUUAAGUUUCCCUGCAUUAAAGUCCCCGGCCACUACAUUUACAUUUUACAUUUUAGUCAUUUAGCAGACGCUCUUAUCCAGAGCGACUUACAGGAGCAAUUAGGGUUAAGUGCCUUGCUCAAUGGCACAUUUACGUCAUUUAGCAGACGCUCUUAUCCAGAGCGACUUACAAAUUGGUGCAAUCACCCUAUAGCCAGUGGGAAAACCACUUUACAUUUUUUUUUUUUUUUUUUUUUGGGGGGGGGGGGGGGGGGGGGGGGGGGGGGUAGAAGGAUUACUUUAUCCUAUCCCAGGUGUUCCUUAAAGAGGUGGGGUUUCAAAUGUCUCCGGAAGGUGGUGAGUGACUCCGCUGUCCUGGCGUCGUGAGGGAGCUUGUUCCACCAUUGGGGUGCCAGAGCAGCGAACAGUUUUGACUGGGCUGAGCGGGAACUAUGCUUCCACAGAGGAAGGGGAGCCAGCAGGCCAGAGGUGGAUGAACGCAAUGCCCUCGUUUGGGUGUAGGGACUGAUCAGAGCCCGAAGGUACGGAGGUGCCGUUCCCCUCACUGCUCCAUAGGCAAGCACCAUGGUCUUGUAACGGAUGCGAGCUUCAACUGGAAGCCAGUGGAGUGUGCGGAGGAGGAGGGUGACGUAAGAGAACUUGGGAAGGUUGAACACCAGACGGGCUGCGGCAUUCUGGAUGAGUUGUAGGGGUUUAAUGGCACAGGCAGGGAGGCCAGCCAACAGCGAGUUGCAGUAAUCCAGACGGGAGAUGACAAGUGCCUGGAUUAGGACCUGUGCCGCUUCCUGUGUAAGGCAGGGUCGUACUCUCCGAAUGUUGUAGAGCAUGAACCUGCAGGAUCGGGUCACCGCCUUGAUGUUAGCGGAGAACGACAGGGUGUUGUCCAGGGUCACGCCAAGGCUCUUCGCACUCUGGGAGGAGGACACAACGGAGUUGUCAACCGUGAUGGCGAGAUCAUGGAACGGGCAGUCCUUCCCCGGGAGGAAGAGCAGCUCCGUCUUGCUGAGGUUCAGCUUGAGGUGGUGAUCCGUCAUCCAUACUGAUAUGUCUGCCAGACAUGCAGAGAUGCGAUUCGCCACCUGGUUAUCAGAAGGGGGAAAGGAGAAGAUUAGUUGUGUAUCGUCAGCGUAGCAAUGAUAGGAGAGGCCAUGUGAGGAUAUGACAGAGCCAAGUGACUUGGUGUAUAGGGAGAAUAGGAGAGGGCCUAGAACUGAGCCCUGGGGGACACCAGUGGUGAGAGCACGUGGUGCGGAGACAGCUUCUCGCCACGCCACUUGGUAGGAGCGACCAGUCAGGUAGGACGCAAUCCAGGAGUGAGCCGCGCCGGAGAUGCCCAGUUCGGAGAGGGUGGAGAGGAGGAUCUGAUGGUUCACAGUAUCAAAGGCAGCAGACAGGUCUAGAAGGACAAGAGCAGAGGAGAGAGAGUUAGCUUUAGCAGUGCGGAGAGCCUCCGUGACACAGAGAAGAGCAGUCUCAGUUGAAUGACCAGUCCUGAAACCUGACUGGUUUGGAUCAAGAAGGUCAUUCUGAGAGAGAUAGCAAGAGAGUUGGCUAAAGACGGCACGCUCAAUGGUUUUGGAAAGAAAAGAAAGAAGGGAUACUGGUCUGUAGUUGUUGACAUCAGUGGGAUCGAGUGUUGGUUUUUUGAGAAGGGGUGCAACUCUCGCUCUCUUGAAGACGGAAGGGACAUGGCCAGCGGUCAAGGAUGAGUUGAUCAGCGAGGUGAGGUAGGGGAGAAGGUCACCGGAGAUGGUCUGGAGAAGAGAGGAGGGGAUGGGGUCAAGCGGGCAGGUUGUUGGGCGGCCUGCAGUCACAAGUCGCAGGAUUUUAUCUGGAGAGAGAGGAGAGAGUAGUGGGAGAGAGAGAGCGAAGGUUGCGGCGGCGCAUUACCAUCUGUGUAGGGGCAGAGUGAGUAGUGUUGGAGGAGAGCGAGAGAGAAAAGGAAACAAAGUAGUGGUCGGAGACAUGGAGGGGAGUUGCAGUGAGAUUAGUAGAGGAGCAGCAUCUAGUGAAGAUGAGGUCAAGCGUAUUGCCUGCCUUGUGAGUAGGGGGGGACGGUGAGAGGGUGAGGUCAAAAGAGGAGAGGAGUGGAAAGAAGGAGGCAGAGAGAAAUGAGUCAAAUGUGGACGUAGGGAGGUUGAAAUCCCCCAAAACUGUGAGGGGUGAGCCAUCCUCAGGAAAGGAACUUAUCAAGGCGUCAAGCUCAUUGAUGAACUCUCCAAGGGAACCUGGAGGGCGAUAGAUGACAAGGAUAUUAAGCUUAAAUGGGCUAGUGACUGUGACAGCAUGGAAUUCAAAUGAGGAGAUAGACAGAUGGGUUAGGGGAAAAAUUGAGAAUGUCCACUUGGGAGAGAUGAGGAUUCCUGUGCCACCACCCCUCUGACCAGAUGCUCUCGGGGUAUGCGAGAACACAUGGUCAGACGAGGAGAGAGCAGUAGGAGUAGCAGUGUUUUCAGUGGUAAUCCAUGUUUCCGUCAGCGCCAGGAAGUCGAGGGACUGGAGGUUAGCAUAGGCUGGGAUGAAGUCAGCUUUGUUGGCAGCAGAACGGCAGUUCCAGAGGCUGCCUGAGACCUGGAACUCCAGGUGUGGGGUGCGUGCAGGGACCACCAGGUUAGAGAGGCAGCAGCCACGCGGUGUGAGGCGUUUGUGUAGCCUGUGCAGAGAGGAGAGAACAGGGAUAGGCAGAGGCAUAGUUGACAGGCUGUAGCAAAUGGCUACAAUAAUGCAGAGGAGAUCGGAAUGAAAUGAACUAAACAUCUGGGAGAGGAGAGAGCAGGGCCUCCCUCACCAAAACUUCCACCUCAGAAACUAUAAUUGUUUCACUGAACCACCCGAACAAAAACUCUCCCAACUUCCACCUUUAGAAAUCAGAAUUGUUGUGAACCACAGCGGUUCAAUGUUUAAAGGAGUAGACUCAACCCACUUUAUUCAGCUAGCUAACUAUGACACCAUAGCUAACUAGCAUGCUAGCAUCCAAUAACACACAGUUUAGCACCAACACUUGGUCACAACAAACCACCAAUAGUGUGUUAACACACUAAACGGAUAAUUCGUGUCCGUGUCUAGUUCCUUUCAUAACGCAGCAAUAAUUAAACGUUGGCUAGCUAGCACAAAUAUAUUGUAUUUAGCUGCCACAGUACAGCACACAAUGGCUACUGUGUUGACUCUGUUCGAAAAACGGCUAGCUAGCUAGCUUCGUGCUACAACCGGCACCUCCGAAAACAAUGCUAACCUACAGUAACUACCCACAACAGCCCACGAUGCCUAACUAUGACACCAUAGCUAACUAGCAUGCUAGCAUCCAAUAACACACAGUUUAGCACCAAUACUUGGUUACAACAAACUACCAAUAGUGUGUUAACACACUAAACAGAUAAUUCGUGUCAGUGUCUAGUUCCUUUCAUAACGCAGCAAUAAUUAAACGUUGGCUAGCUAGCACAAGUAUAUUGUAUUUGGCUACUACAGUACAGUUAGCUGGUCGUGUUGGCUAGCUAGCAAUGGCUACUGUGUUGACUUUGUUUGAAAAACGGCUAGCUAGCUAGCUUCGUGCUACACCCGGCACCGCCGAAAACAAUGCCGAAAACAAUGCUAACCUACAAUAACUACCCACAACAGCCCACGAUGCCUAACUAUGACGCCAUAGAUAACUAAGUUAACCACAGUUGCAAAAAGUUAACAGUAGCUACCCGCUAGCUAGCUAGCUAGCUUUGUUGGUCCAAGUAGUGGGUAGGCUAGCCUCGUGCUUCGCCGGGGUCUGCCGAAUACAAUACUUACCUACAAUAAUUACCUACAAUAACCUUCAAUAACUACCUGAGUAAGCUACCUAUAAUACCAAACUACAAUACCUACCUAAAAUCUAAAUACAUGGUUUAAGCUUAACUCAACACCAUAUAAGAAGCCAAGCUUACCUUUCAUAACGCAGCAAUGAUUAAACGUUGGGUAGCUAGCACAAAGAUAUUGUAUUUAGCUACUACAGUACAGCCAGCUGGUAAUGUUGGCUAGCUAGCAAUGGCUGCUGUGUUGACUAGGAGCGCUGCCUCUGGAUGAGCGUUUUCCUGUUCAGUUAUGGCCUUAUACAGCUCAUUGAGUGCAAUCUUAAUGCCAGCAUCGGUUUGUGGUGGUAAAUAGACAGCUACGACAGGCGAGCAAAACCUUGAGACUUCCUUAGUAUUUGAUUUUGUGCACCAGCUGUUGUUUUACAAAUAUACACAGACCGCCACCCCUUGUCUUACCGGAGUCAGCCGUUCUAUCCUGCCGAUGUAGCGUAUAUCCCGCUAGCUGUAUGUUGUCCAUGUCGUCGUUCAGCCACGACUCGGUGAAACAUAAGAUAUUACAGUUUUUAAUGUCCCGUUGGUAGGAUAACCGUAAUCUUAGGUCGUCCAAUUUAUUCUCCAAUGAUUGAACGUUGGCUAAUAGGAUUGAUGGAAGAGGCAGUUUACUCGCUCGCCGUCGGAUCCUUACAAGGCACCCCGACCUACGUCCACGAUAUCUCAGUCUCUUCCUCAUGCGAAUGACGGAGAUUUGGGCCUUGUCGGGUGUCUGUAGGAUAUCCUUCGCGUCCGACUUGUUGAAGAAAAAGUAUUCGUCCAAUACGAGGUGAGUAAUCGCUGUCCUGAUAUCCAGAAGCAGUUUUUGGUCAUAAGAGGCGGUGGCAGAAACAUUAUGUAUAGAAUAAAUUACAAAUAAUGUCAAAAAACACACAUUAUAGUACAAUUGGUUAGAAGGCUGUAAAACGGCAGCCAUCUUCUCUGGCGCCAUCAUUUCAAGCCUCUAGGCCUGUCAGUAAUCAGCAAUGGUUGACACGUUCAGAUACGAUGCCUCAUACAGGAAACAACUAGGAUGUUGUGGUGACUCUUUAUUAGGCAACAUGACAUACAGUUAACGACCUGGCAGAUUGUGGCUUCAUAUUAGGGCUGUGACGGUCAUGGAAUUUUGGAUGACUGUAAUUGCCCAGCCAAAUGACGACGGUCUCAGUAAUAACCGUUGUGCUGCCAUAGAAAUAGAAUGAAUAGAACGGGCAUCCCCAUUCAAGUCAAUGAUGGCAUACUGGGUGGACUGGCGGCCAUUGUGAGUGUAUCUAUAGCAGCAAAGAAGUAAAAGCAGGAAGUAAAAGAAGGACGUAAAGCAGGAAGUAAAAGCAAGAAGUAAAAGCAGGAAGUAAAGCAGGAAGUAAAAGCAGGAAGUGUUCGUGUUUUGUUGAUUCAACUCAACCGACAUUACAAAAAAUAAAUAAACCAUUGCAUGAGAGUCACAUCAGUUAACAUAAUUUGCAUUAACAUUAUACAUUACCAUGGACAUUGUUGCAUCACAAUACCAGGCAGCCAUUGCGAGUGUACCCAUGAGUUUACCAGUCAAACUGCCAGGGUUCGAGGUCAAACUGCCAGGGUUCGAGGUCAAACUGCCAGGGUUCGAGGUCAAACUGCCAGGGUUCGAGGUCAAACUGCCAGGGUUCGAGGUCAAACUGCCAGGGUUCGAGGUCAAACUGCCAGGGUUCGAGGUCAAACUGCCAGGGUUCGAGGUCAAACUGCCAGGGUUCGAGGUCAAACUGCCAGGGUUAGAGGUCAAACUGCCAGGGUUCGAGGUCAAACUGCCAGGGUUCGAGGUCAAACUGCCAGGGUUAGAAGUCAAACUGCCAGGGUUCGAGGUCAAACUGCCAGGGUUCGAGGUCAAACUGCCAGGGUUCGAGGUCAAACUGCCAGGGUUAGAGGUCAAACUGCCAGGGUUCGAGGUCAAACUGCCAGGGUUCGAGGUCAAACUGCCAGGGUUCGAGGUCAAACUGCCAGGGUUAGAAGUCAAACUGCCAGGGUUCGAGGUCAAACUGCCAGGGUUCGAGGUCAAAUUGCCAGGGUUCGAGGUCAAACUGCCAGGGUUAGAGGUUUCCAAGCCCAUUCCACUAAUCAUUUUCUACAAUACCUUGCUUGUUUCAGCGAGGGGCAACGAAGUUUCAUUACGUUGUUAUCGCAGAAACGGACUCAAACGCGCGCGAAUGCCCGGACGUUUUUUUAAAUGAUGUUUUCUUUUCUUCAUCCAUAACCAUCCGUUAUACGGUAAUCACACUAGCCCUACUUCAUAUAGAUGUAACCUGUACUCUGUCUUCUCUCUACCAGGUACUCAUCACAGUCAACUGUCUGAGUACAGAGUUCUCCUGCCAGAAGGGGGUGAAGGGCAUACCUCUGAUGAUCCAGAUAGACACCUACAGCUAUAGCCACCGCUCCGACACACCCACACACAGAGCCUUCUCUGAGAUCAAGGUCUUCUGUGACAAGGUGAGCCUCCACUCUUCUGGGAAGGCUUUCCACUAGAUGUUGGAACAUUGCUGCGGGGACUUGCUUCUAUUCAGCCACAAGAGCAUUAGUGAGGUCGGGCACUGAUGUUGGGCGAUUAGGCCUGGCUCGCAGUCGGCGUUCCAAUUCAUCCCAAAGGUGUUCGAUGGGGUUGAGGUCAGGGCUCUGUGCAGGUCAGUCAAGUUCUUCCACACCGAUCUCGACAAACCAUUUCUGUAUGGACCUCGCUUUCUGCACAGAGGGCAUUGUCAUGCUAAAACAGGAAAGGGCCUUCCCCAAACUGUUGCCACAAAGUUGGAAGGACAGAAUCGUCUAGAAUGUCAUUGUAUGCUGUAGCGUUAAGAUUUCCCUUCACUGGAACUAAGGGGCCUGAAUCAUGAAAAACAGCCCCAGACCAUUAUUUGUCCUCCACCAAACUUUACAGUUGGCACUAUGCAUUGGGGCAGGUAGCGUUCUCCUGGCAUCCUCCAAACCCAGAUUCGUCUGUCGGACUGCCAGAUGGUGAAGCGUGAUUCAUCACUCCAGAGAACGCGUUUCCACUGCUCCAGAGUCCAAUGGUGGCGAGCUUUACACCACUCCAGCCGACACUUGGCAUUGCGCAUGGUGAUCUUAGGCUUGUGUGUGGCUGCUCGGCCAUGGAAACCCGUUUCAUGAAGCUCCCUAUGAACAGUUCUUGUGCUGACGUUGCUUCCAGAGGCAGUUUGGAACUCGGUAGUGAGUGUUGCAACCGAGGACAGACGAUUUUUACGCGCUACGCGCUUCAGCACUCGGCAGUCCAGUUCUGUGAGCUUGUGUGGCCUACCACUUCGCGGCUGAGCUGUUGUUGCUUCUAGACGUUUCCACUUCACAAUAACAACACUUACAGUUGACUGGGGCAGAUCUAUCAGGGCAGAAAUUUGACGAACUGACUUGUUGGAAAGGUGGCAUCCUGUGACGGUGCCACGUUGAAAGUCACUGAGCUCUUCAGUAAGGCCAUUCUACUGCCAAUGUUUGUCUAUGGAGAUUGCAUGGCGGUGUGCUCGAUAUACACCUGUCAGCAACGGAUGUGCCUGAAAUAGCCAAAUCCACUAAUUUGAAUGGGUGUCCACAUACUUUUGUAUAUAUAGUGUAUUUGGGCCUAUUUUGAUUAAAAUAAAAAAGCGUUGAUGGUUCACCAAAUUCCAUAGGCCAUGUUUCCAUAUCUCAGUAUUAAUCCCUGGUAUUAAUCAUCCCAUCCAUUCCACAGGGAGCAGAACGGAGAAUCCGUGAUGAGGUGAGGAAGCAGAUCCGGAUGAAGCGCAAAGGUCAGAUAAGUAGUUUCCAUGGAGAUAAUAGUAAAGAACAUGCCGGUAGCUAUUGGCGUCUCCUGCAGUAGAGAGAGUGCCUGCCUGGAUUCAACAGGAAGCUAUGAUCAGGGGUUCAGGAUUCAACAGGAAGCUAUGAUCAGGGGUUCAGGAUUCAACAGGAAGCUAUGAUCAGGGGUUCAGGAUUCAACAGGAAGCUAUGAUCAGGGGUUCAGGAUUCAACAGGAAGCUAUGAUCAGGGGUUCAGGAUUCAACAGGAAGCUAUGAUCAGGGGUUCAGGAUUCAACAGGAAGCUAUGAUCAGGGGUUCAGACUAGUGCAGCUGGGAAGGUGGGUGAUGGUUGCAUAAAUCUGAAUCAACUGAUGUCAGACUUCAGUUUUGAUUUUCCUACGCACCUGUGUACCUGUGAAAUUAGGCGUGCAGACGUUUUUGUUCUAUGUAGACUAACUAUGAGUGACCGUGCAUGUUGUUUCUCUCCUGCGGUCCAGGGAAGGAUGGGAGCCUGGUAGCGUUGAACAGGAAGGCCAGACACAGUGUUCUUCAAGUCCCUCUCUGACCUGGACACCCAGCCUGUCCUGUUCAUCCCAGACGUCCACUUUGGGCACCUGCAGAGGACUGGACAGGUGAGAGACACUCUUGGAGACAACGGUUAAACCAGCCACCGUGACACACAGAAAAUGCAUGAGCCAAUACUGACCAGAAUGAUCCAGAAUAUCUCCUCUAUCACUUGGUAAUGAAAGUGUAUAUCCUUGAAAGCAAAGACCUUAUAGCGUGAUUCAUCUGUCUGUCUGUGUUGUCCAACCCUAGGUCUUUGCUUUCAACACAGAGGAGAUGGAGAGGGAAGGGUAA